UACAAAGGAUCAUUUGAAAAGAAGUGACAGGUUGCAAUAACAAACCAAUGAAGGGAACCAAAAUCUCAAAACCCAUGAGCCAAAUGCUAAACACCUCAGACAAUCACAGCAUCAAUAAUUGAUUAAAACAGCCUUAAAAUGAGACAAAAAAUACGUUACAAUCAUAUAGGGAAAAAAUAGACAUCUAUAUGGAUAUGAAACAUAAUACAAUAUUUAUUACCUACACAAUUUUAAAACGUUCUUGCAUGUAGUCUAGUUUCUUUGUACCUUUUUCUUUAAGUUUUAGCAUUGCUUGCACUAUCGAUUGCCCUCACUAAUCAUUUACAACCUCCACAGAUGGCAUGUGCCCAGAUAUUAGCAGCGAGGGGUGGAUCUGGUGUGACUGGGUGGUAUGACUCACUUACCAUGGUGCCUGUGAGAAGGGUAACUGUCGGUCAUUUGAGAACGGGGGCUGAACUUUGCUCUAUAUUUACUUAAAAAACAAUGUUCACCUCCUUGAUCACGACUGUCAGACAGAUGCAGCUGUGAGAUACAAACGCCUCAACAGAAAAGAGGAAACCCAGCCUGUAUGAAGGUCACAUAAAGAGAAUAGCGAGACCAGCUGAUUCUCGGACACUUGAAACUGCUUACACAUUGUCACGUACUGAUUUUUCCCUUAUGAAUUUUUAUACCAAUCACAAUUAGCUAGACCUGGAAGAAUUUAAAAGAUUUCUUGAUAUGACAAUCUGGUAGAAAAGAGUCAAGAGUUGCACAAGUUUUGUUCAACUGUUGAAUAACUUUUUCUAUGGGUCAAAGUCUCAUCUAUCUUCAUGAAUCCAAGAAAACUUAUCUAGUUUUAUCAAUACUUCUGACAGGCCUCAUCACGCAUAUCUGAUAAUGAAGAUUUGGGAUCAUAAAGGUCUCAAUAAACCAAGUUUUAUCACAUUACUUUACAGGAUCCUUCAUUCUUUUUUACUGUUGAAUGCUUUGGACUGUCACCAAUGCCAACAGUUGUCAGCUUAUCUAUGUAAUUACUAUAAACAAAGCAGGUUUCUCCUCUACUAGCUACACGCUGUUUGUGUGUCAGGUUCCAGAUCUUCUUCACCUCCAGCAGCCAUAACCUUUGGUCACGUUUGUCGGUGGAUCUUUAAUGGUUCAACACGUCCUCUGCAGCAGGUAUUCUGGGGAUUGCACAAGUCUCUAUUCCUCUGGACAAGGCGUGAAUGGAGAGGAACUUGGUAUGCACUCAUGCAAGUCUCCUAUUGGCUGAUACUACUCAGGGGGCAACAGUCGAGCAUCUGCACUGGGCAAAGGUAGAUCUAGCUCUGCCCUGCUACUGAAAGACACUGUCAAUCAGUUCUGUCUCUGGAGAAGCUAAUACAAGAUGAGUCUCCAAGAAGAUUUGGCUAAGAGCAAUGAUGUUGCAGUCAUGGAUGAUAAUAGUAAGAGCAUCCCCACCCAAAAGGCACAGAUUCAGUCAGACUCCACAAGCUUAAAGACCCACUCCACUCUCAUUCCCAAUGGAGAAGCCACCACAGCUGAGCUCACCACAGCAUCAGUUUCAGAGACCCAGGAGACUAAUUCUUCCAGUAACGCUGAGACACCGGCCGAGCCUGCCAGAACUCCUGAGCUGGACGGAGCUGCUGAAGCACUUUCACCAG